AAUGUCAAUGCUCUCGCAAUUAUGAAGGACUCCGUUGCGAAUUCCUGAAGUCACACCUCAGUUAUGAUACCUUUGGUGUGGCAACUGGGGUUGCCGUCAGAAUUAAUGAAACAUUUAAAGAAGCUUUCAAAAAUCCAGAGUCAUUGGAGUACAAAGAAUUUGUUAGAAACUUCACAAGAAUUAUGGAACAAGUGUAUCGAAAAACAGUGGAAAAUUUCAUGGCAAUGACUAUUAUAAAACUCAGGCAAGGCAGUGUGCUGGUGGAUCACGAAGUAAUAGUAAACAUAUCAAAUGAUCAGAAUACCACACAAAUUGUGAGUCAGAUUCCAAAACAGAUUGCUGCAGCUCUGGCGGCAGCACAAAACUGCACAAAAGGUUCACUUGGAUGUUAUGAGAAUUACAUUGUCGGAGACCCCAUUGUGGAGAAACCAAAAUUUUAUCCAGAAUUGGUGUGUGAUCAGAACAUCCCCAAGGAGCUCAGCCGUUACUAUAUUGCACUCCAGAGCCCAGACAAAAUCAUUUGCAUCUCUCAGUGUGACAGCGUCCACACCACCUCUAAGAACUGCAAUGGUGGCACCUGUCGAAUCUUGAGCACUGGCCCAACCUGCCAAUGUCUGGAAGAUUACUGGUACUCUGGGGCUGAUUGUUAUGGACCCAUCCAAAAGAAUGCUGUGUUUGCAGGGGUUGGGACACUAGCUGGUAUCCUAUUGGUGUCUGUUGUAUCUGUUGCUGUCUACGUGAUCUGCAUAAAGCAUCAAUCUAAACGGAUGAAGGACAAUAGCAUUGAUCAGCUGAAUCAGUGGCUGGAGGGGGACUUUGAGUGGCCUUCUUCUGCAAGCAAUUCUAUAGAAAACAUCUUUGCCUCUCCAAAUGGAGGAUAUGAUGAUUUGCAAUAUGAACAGGAGAGUGAUUUCUGGCCUACCUCUUCAAGAUCAAGCACUCAGUCUCCUUAUCAUGGCCCUCAGCAGCGUCUCUCAUGCCAAAGGCCUGACUCUGUUCAUUAUGACUAUCAGUCCUUCUACACAGGAAUGGACAGCAGGCCAGAAAGCACAUAUCAGACUACUUCCAGAAUGUCACAGUUCAUCCAAAAUGGGGACAAUCAUAUGCAGCUGAGGAUCAGUCACCCACAGAUCUUGUCCUCCUCUGAGAUUUAAUGAACUACUCUCAUCAUCUUUUGGGCCUACUGUGGACCUCCCGGAGCCUAAAAGCAGAACACAAAAUCUCCAAAAAAAGAUAAUACAAAUAAUUACAAGACCUAAGUAAAAAAAGUGCAUUUGGAUCACACACUUGGCCAGAGGUUUUUCCCACGUGGAAUUUGGAAAGAGCUACUAAUCUUUGAAAUGCUUCCCUUUUAUAUUUAAUGUAACAGAACUUAAGAGAAUAUUGUUCCAUUUUGGGAGGCAGUGUUAUAAAAUGAAUUAAAUAAUGUCAACGUAUGAAGCACUUUAUACUUAAUUUAAUGAGGCUCUGUAGUGUAAAGCAAUGGCUGUCGUGGAUUUGACUGAGAGAAAAGAAAUGAAGAUAGAUUCACAGUUUAAAAGAAUGUUAUGCAAAUAGUACUUACUUAUGUAAAUGUUUUGAAAAAUAAGUAAUAUUUUCUUAUUUAUAUCUUAUUUACUUAAUUUGUAGAAUAUGUCAUAUAAUACUACUAUGUAACUCUUAUAACAUAGGGGACAGGGUUCUAGUAACCAUGAG